CUCAUAUGAGCACUUGGGGUUUCAUGUAGAUCAACCAGACGUUCUGUCAUUCACCAGCAAUAUCGCUCCAUAGUAUUCUACACCCAUGUGCCUUCAUGGAGUAUUUCACUAUGUUUGUGGAAGAGAUAUUCAAAUGAAUGUGCUUUUUCAAGAAUGGUGACACCAGAAUGUUAUAAUUCUGUUCAUUACCACAACAAGGAUAAAUGGUAUUUCUGCCAAAGACUUUUGAUAACGGGUGCAGUAAUGCAUCUCAGCACUUUCUGAAAUUAAAGGUCUGUCCUGAGAGAGUUCAUUUCAAUUCUCUGCAAAGGAUUUAACAAUGGAAUACAAAAAUCUCAGGAUGCAGAGACACUAAUAGAAUUUACACAAAAAUUUCUACUGAAUGAAUUUCCCCACCUUCUUGGUGAUCGUACACCUGCCUUCCUUAUAAGGAGAACAAGGAAGUAAAUCAUGUUGAAGUUGCUUUUAAACACAGCUUUUCUUCUUUACCUGUCCAGGUAGCCUCUGUUUUCAUUUCAGUCUUAAUGAAAACGUUUUUAUUUACAUCUCAAGUUUCUUUUCAAAGCAGUCGAGAACUGAAACGAAUGGGGAUUGAACUGCUUUGCCUGUUCUUUCUAUUUCUAGGAAGGAAUGAUCACGUUCAAGGUGGCUGUGCUGUGGGAGGUGCAGAAACCUGUGAAGACUGCUUACUCAUUGGACCUCAGUGUGCCUGGUGUUCUCAGGAGAAUUUUACCCAUCCAUCUGGAGUUGGUGAAAGGUGUGAUACCCCAGCAAAUCUCUUUGCUAAAGGAUGUCAACUGACCUUCAUUGAAAACCCUGUCUCUCAAGUAGAAAUACUUACAAAUAAGCCUCUCAGUGUAGGCAGACAGAAGAAUAGUUCCAACAUUGUUCAGAUUUCGCCUCAAAGCUUGACUCUUAAAUUGAGACCAGGCGGUGAACAGACUCUGCAAGUGCAAGUCCGCCAGACCGAGGAUUACCCGGUGGACUUGUAUUACCUCAUGGACCUCUCGGCUUCCAUGGAUGACGACCUCAACACAAUCAAAGAGCUGGGCUCCCUGCUUUCCAAGGAGAUGUCUAAAUUAACCAGCAACUUUAGACUGGGCUUCGGCUCUUUUGUGGAAAAGCCCGUCUCCCCUUUUAUGAAAACAUCGCCAGAAGAAAUUGCCAACCCUUGCAGUAGUAUUCCAUAUUUCUGCUUACCUACAUUUGGAUUCAAGCACAUUUUGCCGUUGACAAAUGAUGCUGAAAGAUUUAAUGAAAUUGUGAAGAAUCAGAAAAUUUCUGCUAAUAUUGACACACCCGAAGGUGGAUUUGAUGCAAUUAUGCAAGCUGCUGUGUGUAAGGAAAAGAUUGGCUGGCGGAACGACUCCCUCCAUCUCCUGGUCUUUGUGAGUGAUGCUGACUCUCAUUUUGGAAUGGACAGCAAACUGGCAGGCAUCGUUGUUCCUAAUGACGGGCUCUGCCACUUGGACAGCAAGAACGAAUACUCCAUGUCAACUGUCUUGGAAUAUCCAACAAUUGGACAACUCAUUGAUAAACUGGUGCAAAAUAACGUGUUAUUGAUCUUUGCUGUAACCCAAGAACAAGUUCAUUUAUAUGAGAAUUAUGCAAAACUCAUCCCUGGAGCUACAGUAGGACUGCUUCAGAAGGACUCGGGAAACAUUCUCCAGCUGAUCAUCUCGGCUUAUGAAGAGCUACGGUCUGAGGUGGAACUGGAAGUAUUAGGAGACACAGAAGGACUCAACCUGUCCUUCACAGCUCUCUGCGACAACAGAACCCCCGUCCCACACCAAAAGAAAUGCUCCCACAUGAAGGUGGGAGACACAGCUUCAUUCAACGUGACUGUGAGUAUACCAAACUGUGAGAGAAGAGGCAGGCACAUUAUCAUAAAGCCUGUGGGGCUGGGAGAUGCCCUAGAAAUACUUGUCAGUCCAGAAUGUGACUGUGACUGUCAGAAAGAAGUGGAAGUGAACAGCUCCAAAUGCCACAAUGGGAACGGCUCCUUCCAGUGUGGGGUGUGUGCCUGCAACCCCGGCCACAUGGGUCCCCGCUGCGAGUGCGGGGAGGACAUGCUGAGCACAGAUUCCUGCAAGGAGGCCCUAGAUCUCCCCUCGUGCAGUGGGAGAGGCGAUUGCUACUGUGGGCAGUGCAUCUGUCACCUGUCUCCCUAUGGAAAUAUUUAUGGGCCUUUCUGCCAGUGUGACAAUUUCUCCUGCGUGAGACACAAAGGACUGCUCUGUGGAGAUAACGGCGACUGUGACUGUGGCGAGUGCGUGUGCAGGAGCGGCUGGACCGGCGAGUACUGUAACUGCACGACCAGUACCGACUCAUGCAUCUCUGAGGAUGGGGUGCUCUGCAGUGGCCGAGGGGACUGCGUCUGUGGCAAGUGUGUUUGCACGAACCCUGGAGCCUCAGGACCGGCCUGUGAACGUUGUCCUACCUGUGGCGAUCCCUGUCACUCUAAACGGAGCUGCGUUGAAUGCCACCUGUCUGCAGACGGCCAGUCCCGAGAAGAAUGUGUUGACAAAUGCAAACUAGCUGGUGCGACCAUCAAUGAAGAAGAAGAUUUCUCAAAGGACGGUUCUGUUUCCUGUUCUCUGCAAGGAGAAAAUGAAUGUCUUAUUACAUUCCUAAUAACUACAGAUAAUGAAGGGAAAACCAUCAUUCACAGCAUCAGCGAGAAAGACUGUCCAAAACCUCCGAACAUUCCCAUGAUCAUGUUGGGGGUUUCGCUGGCUAUUCUUCUCAUUGGGGUUGUCCUACUGUGCAUUUGGAAGCUGCUGGUGUCAUUUCAUGAUCGUAAAGAAGUUGCCAAAUUUGAAGCAGAACGGUCAAAGGCCAAGUGGCAAACGGGAACCAAUCCACUGUACAGAGGCUCUACCAGUACCUUUAAAAAUGUAACCUAUAAACACAGGGAGAAACAAAAGGUGGACAUUUCUACUGAUGGAUAGAACUACUUUAUGCACGGAAAAAGUCUGUUUCACUGAUAUGAAAUGUUAAUGCACUAUUUAAUUUUUCUUUCUUUGUUGCUUCAAAAUGAGGUUGGUUUAAAAUAAUAAUGGGUCAUUUGGAGAUCAGUCAUUCUCCGCUUGAAGGUUAGAGACUAUGUUGGCAGGUUCAAAAUAAUCAAGAAGAGAAAUAUCCUUAGCGAAGGGGUGACUUUGGGGAUCAUUUGAGGAAUACUAACUCUGUUGCAUUAAUGCCUCAAAAAAUCAUCAAAAUGAUUCACGGGGGCCUGAUUUGUGUUUGAAAAAUGUUUGAAAUUAGAAUCUCAUUUGUUACAGGAUUACAGCUACCUGAAGUCUUUGUCUCAGCAAAGUCACAAAGUCCAUAUGCUCACAUUAUAUACUCACACUUGACAAUUAAUUCUAACCUUGCAGUAAAUCUGCCCUUUCCUAAAGGAGGAUUUUUUUUUAAAUAUGAAAAAUGAGAUGCUGACUUUUAUUUCAGCUAAGAGGAUGCAAUUCUUCUAAAGAUAUCCCAAAUGUAAGAAUGAAAAUUAAGUGUUAAUAAUUUCUGUGGAUUUGUAUGUACCUAAAAAUCAAGUACAUAAGUAUUUUGUUUGUUUUACAGAUGAAGUAAUUUAUAAAUUAGGAAGUCACCAGUAAUAAACAAAAAUAAUAAGCCUAUCAUUUAGAUUAUUUUUAAUUAUCUGAAAAAUAAACUUCUACACUCAAUUUCCCUCUUGACCCUGAGUUUUCAAACUAUUACUUCUCCCAUAUUUCUCAAUCCAUUUUAUUCAGUUUCAGUCAUCUAAACCCUGUAAAUGUCAUAUGAAAUUUUUGAUUUCAUGUUAAAAAUUACUUUAAAUGGUUAGAUAGUUUAUUCAAAAAGAGCUCCGAUAGUACAAAAGAAACAUGGGUUAAAUUGAAUAAACUUUUAAAUGGUUUUAAAUCAAACACAUUGAGAGUACACAAGUCUCUCGUGAGUAAUAGGCUUCUUUAUAUUCUUUUCCAAACUUAUACAUUUCAGUUGCAUAUGGUGAAUAUGCAUCACAUAUUUACUUCAAAAAGUAAGAUUUUAUUUGCAAAAUACAUGUGGAUAAUUAGGGAUCCACAGGUUGAUUGUAGAGAUGGAAUCUGUGGAACAUUAUUUCUUAUAGUUAAUACUGCUUUACAAAGCACUUUCAUCUCAUUUGAUCCUCAUAAGGAAACUAAGCCUCGGAGAGGGAGUCGAAGAACAGGUUCAGAAUAGAUCUUCUAGCUCCAAGCCAUUUCCUCUUUCUACGGUACAAGACUGACUCUUUUGUCAGUGAAACGAUAGAAAGAAUUUUGUUAGUUAAGCGAUAACUAUCAUUUGUUUGAAAAUGUACUAAGACUAAACAAAUAGCACUUAAACUACUGGAAUACAGGUGAAGUCUUGUACUUUUGUGCAAUGUUUAUCACUUUUGAGUAAAUUGUAGUGGGAAACCUUUUACUAGGUGAAUAAUUCAUUAUGUAAUGGAGGCUUCAUGUUUAUCCAUUGAAUUGGCACAGAGUCAUCUACUUAUCAAGUUCCUUCAAUUCUACCAGUUAGGUCUAUACACAUUUGAUCACCUGGAGACAGUUUUUUUCUGGUUUCUAAGUAACUCAGGUAAAUCAGACACCUGGGGGGUACACACUAUACUAAAAGAAUUACUGAACCAUCACCUUGGAAUCCUGAAGGGCUGAUGUACCCUCUGUUCCUGAAGCCCAGGGUCUGGGGAAAAUCUGGAGCAACAAGCAAGUUGCAAUACUGAUGACACAACAGUGGUGUUCACCUCUAUGUGUGAUAUUUUUGUAUUAUUACUGGAACGGGAUUUUAGAAAAUAUAAGUUUCCUUUGUGUGUAUAUUGGGGAAGGUAGAGAAGAAUCUGCUAUUUCUCUGAAUACUGUUUUGACCCAAGGCUGGACCUUGAAAAGGCCAAAACAUUAACAGUAGUACUUCUGUUCACUGAAGAGUUAUGUUACAUGAAGAUAAAAUGGGUUUUUGUAAGUUGUUUUAUUGUAUUUUGUGCUGACAUAAAUAAACAUGGUAAUUUAAACAA